UCUUUCAUUCGGUCCUUUUGUAACGGGAGAGACUAUUUUUCACUGUCAGAAUGUUGUGGAAAUUAGCCGACAACGUGAAAUACGAGGAUGAGUGUGAGGAAAGGCACGAUGGCAACAGCAACGGGAAUCCCCGGCUGCCUCACCUGCCGGCGGUCAGCCAGCACCUCUACAGCCCGUCGCCGGCCCUCUCACACUCGGCCAGUUCGGACUUUCAGCCCCCGUACUUCCCGCCUCCCUACCAACCCAUCUCCUACCCACAGUCCACCGACCCCUACUCCCACCUCGGCGACCCCUUCAACAUCAACUCCAUACACCAGUCGCCGUCGUCGAACCAGCAGCAGCCGUGGCCCGGCCGGCAGGGCCAGGAGGGGCUCGGCGCCCACGCGAGGAGCGGGCUGGCGAGCCAGAUCCUGGGCCUGGAGGGAGGCUCGUCCGGGGUGAGGAGGGAAGGGUUCCGCCGGCCGGAACUGCUUCCCCCACACGCGCACAGCCUCGAGUCGUCGGUUAUUGGCGAUAACAUGGGGAUGCACGACAUGGGGCACGGGCUGGAGGAUGUUCAACAUGUAGAUGACCACAGUAUUAUUAUGGCAGAUCAGACAGUCAUCAAAAAAGUAUUAGGACUACGAGGUGGCAGGAACCUUGAUCGCUUACAGAGGACUUAUUAUCAGGGGGGAAUUCUUGCGGGUGAGGAUGAAGGUCCCGUCACCCUACCCAAAGGCAAUGCGCUGGGUCUUCCCUUCCAGAAAGAGUCCCUGCUGGGCAUGGUAUCAAACCCCACAGAGGUGUUCUGCUCUGUACCGGGCCGCCUUUCCUUGCUGAGCUCCACUUCAAAGUACAAGGUUACGGUGGCCGAAGUCCAGAGACGUCUAUCACCCCCCGAGUGCCUCAACGCAUCGCUCCUGGGAGGGGUUUUACGCAGAGCCAAGUCAAAAAAUGGAGGACGUUCUCUGAGAGAAAAGCUGGAUAAAAUUGGGCUCAAUCUGCCUGCAGGAAGGAGGAAGGCAGCCAACGUCACUCUACUUACCUCACUAGUAGAAGGUGAAGCUGUUCAUUUAGCAAGAGACUUUGGUUACGUGUGUGAGACAGAGUUCCCUGCGAAGGCAAUUGCUGAAUACCUCGGCAGGCCACACGUAGAACGCAAUGAGGUUAACUCUCGCAAGAACAUGCUCCUUGCUGCCAAGCAAAUCUGCAAGGAGUUCACUGACCUGCUCACUCAGGAUCGUUCACCUCUGGGAAACUCUCGGCCGGCGCCCAUCCUGGAGCCUGGAAUCCAAGGCUGCCUGACCCACUUCAGCCUCAUCACUCAUGGCUUUGGCUCUCCAGCCAUCUGUGCUGCCAUGACCUCGCUUCAGAACUACCUGAACGAGGCACUCAAACAAGUGGACAAGAUGUACCUUAGCUCUGGUGGCGACACCCAGGGAUCCUCAGACAGUGGAAGCAAAUCUACUGACAAAAUGGACAAGCACAGGAAAUGA